AAAUUGUUUUUGAUUUUUUUUGGAUAUAGCUUGUUUUUUUUUGGGGGGGGGGGGAAUUUUCUUUGAUUUUUCAGCUAGAAAAAUUUACUAGCUUGAUUGGUUUUUUGGGUAAAUUUCAAUUAUUGGAAACUUGGGUAUUUAUGUUUACCUUCUUCUCUUCCAAACCCACCAUUUCUUUCUUUCUGAUUCCAGGUCAAGCUUUUGCUUUCAGCUGUGAACAAAAUAUUCUAUUUUUUCUUUUAAUGAUUUGGGGAUUGGAUAAUAUGAGUGAUUUAAUUGGUCUCACGAGUGUAAUUUUGUUUUGAUUGUUUGAUUUACUGUGGAAGAUAUUUAUGUAUUACUUGACUACAAACUGCUUUAUCGUUUUCAUGGUCUACUUUUCAUUUUACUUCGAUUUUACAAGUUCUAGAACUUGGGUAUAUGAAGAAGGAGUGAGAGCCUAGGUGAUUCAAUCAGAAUGGAUUCUUGCAAUUGUAUUGAGCCGCAAUGGCCACCAGAUGAUCUGUUAAUGAAAUAUCAAUAUAUUUCCGACUUCUUCAUUGCACUUGCUUAUUUCUCAAUUCCUUUAGAGCUUAUAUACUUUGUGAAGAAAUCUGCCGUGUUUCCAUAUAGAUGGGUACUUGUGCAAUUUGGUGCCUUUAUAGUACUUUGUGGUGCAACGCAUCUUAUUAACCUGUGGACUUUUACAAUGCAUACGAGAACUGUGGCUAUGGUAAUGACAACUGCUAAGGUUUUUACUGCUGUGGUAUCCUGUGCAACUGCCUUGAUGCUGGUGCAUAUUAUUCCUGAUUUAUUGAGUGUUAAAACCCGAGAAUUAUUUUUGAAAAAUAAGGCCGCCGAGCUAGAUAGAGAAAUGGGUCUAAUUCGUACACAAGAGGAAACAGGUCGACAUGUCAGGAUGCUUACACAUGAGAUCAGAAGCACUUUGGAUAGACAUACAAUAUUAAAAACCACUCUUGUUGAAUUGGGUCGAACUUUGGCACUAGAAGAAUGUGCCCUGUGGAUGCCAACCCGUACUGGACUUGAGCUCCAACUUUCAUACACUCUUCGUCAACAGAAUCCAGUUGGGUAUACUGUACCAAUCCAUCUUCCUGUGAUCAAUCAGGUAUUUAGUAGCAGUCAUGCAGUAAAAAUAUCCCCAAAUUGUCCCGUGGCACGAAUACGCCCUGCAGGGAAGUACAUGCCUGGGGAGGUGGUUGCUGUUCGUGUCCCACUCCUGCAUCUCUCUAACUUCCAAAUUAAUGAUUGGCCGGAGCUUUCAACAAAACGAUAUGCUUUGAUGGUUUUGAUGCUCCCUUCAGAUAGUGCAAGGCAAUGGCAUGUCCACGAACUGGAGCUUGUUGAAGUAGUUGCUGAUCAGGUGGCCGUUGCUCUUUCGCAUGCUGCAAUUUUAGAAGAGUCAAUGAGGGCUAGGGAUCUUCUUAUGGAGCAGAAUGUGGCACUUGACCUUGCCAGAAGAGAAGCAGAGACGGCAAUCCGUGCUCGAAAUGAUUUCUUGGCUGUUAUGAAUCACGAGAUGAGAACCCCAAUGCAUGCUAUUAUUGCUCUAUCUUCUUUACUGCAGGAAACUGAAUUAACACCUGAACAACGUCUGAUGGUUGAAACGAUUCUCAAGAGUAGUAACCUUCUUUCAACUCUAAUAAAUGAUGUAUUGGAUCUUUCGAGGCUGGAAGAUGGCAGCCUUCAACUAGACCUUGGAACUUUUAACCUUUUUGCCGUAUUCAGAGAGGUCCUUAACUUGAUCAAGCCCAUUGCAUCUGUUAAAAAGCUUCAUGUUUCAUUAAAUUUGGCUCCGGACUUGCCUGAAUAUGCCAUUGGUGAUGAGAAGCGCCUGAUGCAAACAAUUUUAAAUGUCGUUGGUAAUGCUGUGAAGUUUUCAAAGGAGGGCAGCAUUUCAAUCACUGCUAUUGUCGCAAAAUCAGAAUUACUGAGAGAUUCUCGGACCCCUGAAUUUUUCCCUGUGCCUAGCGAUAAUCACUUUUAUUUGCGUGUACAGGUGAAAGAUUCAGGUGUAGGGAUUAGCCCCCAAGAUAUUCCAAAGUUAUUUACCAAAUUUGCACAAACUCAAUCAACGGCAACACGAAACUCUGGUGGCAGUGGUCUAGGUCUUGCCAUUUGUAAGAGAUUCGUAAAUCUAAUGGAGGGACAUAUUUGGAUCGAGAGUGACGGUCUUGGUAAGGGAUGUACUGCUAUCUUCAUGGUAAAACUCGGCAUCCCGGAACGGUUGAACGAACCUAAACUUCCUUUCAUGCCUAAAGUACCAACAAAUCAUGGUCCAACAGCUUUUCCCGGGCUUAAAGUUCUGGUUAUGGAUGAGAAUGGGGUUAGCCGGAUGGUGACUAAGGGGCUUCUUGUGCAUCUUGGGUGUGAUGUAACGAUGGUAAGCUCGAGUGAAGAGUGUUUGCAUGUAGUUUCUCAUGAGCACAAGGUUGUUUUCAUGGAUGUUUGUGUUCCUGGUAUGGAUGGUUAUGAAGUCGCAAUCCGCAUAAACGAGAAAUUCACAAAACGCCAUGAAAGGCCGAUAAUAGUAGCGCUCACCGGAAAUACAGACAAGGUGACGAAAGAGAACUGCAUGAGAGUCGGUAUGGAUGGUGUUAUAUUGAAACCUGUUUCACUUGAUAAAAUGAGAAGUGUUUUAACGGAGCUUUUGGAGCAUCGAGUUCUUUUCGAGGCAAUAUAAGCACAAAGACAGUGUCUCGUUACCAACCAAUUACAGGGAAACAUAAACCCCCCCAAAAAAGGGGGAAGACCAUGAAAGAAUCACUACAUUGCAGGCAAAGCCGGAGGAUAUAAAAGAAACAUAGAGGAGUAAGUGCAAAAUAAUUUUCUUUUUGAGUUUCUUGUGCAACAAGCAAAAGGAAACAACAAAUUUAUGGAAAGGGGUUUUCUAAUAGGUUGUUGUGAGGAACAAAACUUGUAGUUUAGUUUACAAAUGAUACAGAACUCUAAUGAUUUUUAUUUAUCAUAACCUACACAUUUUCUUUUCUUA